UUCAUAUUUGCUUUCGCUAAGCUCCAAGCUUCAGUCAACAGUUCACUUUAUCUUUGUGCUGCCACAUCGUAAGCUAAAAGACGCAUUGUGAUUAUAAAUAGUAACCUAUUUGUCGACUGCAGAAGCGCAAUCCGUAUUUACAAUGAGAAAAAUACGAUCCGGAGUCAAAUAGGCGUGCAGAAUAAUAGUUUUUUUUUUCUCAAACCGGUGAAGGACUGCCUAAAACUGUAUAAUUACUGUGUUAUCUUCCCCGUGCGAUGUUGGGGGAAAGUUUUGGUUAACAAAUUGGAUUUGAUUGUCAACUGGGACUUAUUGCGAAUGUGUAUUGAAACGUUCAUCGCGAUUCACGGGCGCACUGCUAUGCGCCACGAUUUAGUGCAUUUUAUAAGACAUACUUCGUCUGAUCACUACUGCGAAGGAAGACUUUAGUUACUAAGGCAGAUCGCUAUUGAUGGCGUUACUGAGCAUCCGUGGUGAUUGGUAUUUGUAUCUUUGGCUUAUAUAUCGCAAAAUCUACUCCGCUGUCAUAUGGUUGCUUGGCAAUCACUGCCGAGGUGAUAAGAGUCGGUCCGUGAUAAGCGCCGGUGCCGGCGGCCAGUCGCUCGCAAGCCUCCACAGAGUGCGCACGCGCCGCAGGAAGCCGCAGCAGCAUCGGAACAAGCACGUCGUCGCACUAGUGAGGAGACCUUCGUUGAGGAGAAUAGUGAUGGCACCAGGAGCUAGCACUGCCCAUGCUAUGAUGGAGGACAAGGAGAAAGCACUUUCCAGUGUGUCAAUGCGCCGGCGCCGCAUCAGCCAGUUCGCGCCACUGCUGAUUGCCCUGGUUGGUCUGCCUGCGCGCGGGAAGAGCCAACUUGCUCACCGCCUGUCCAGGCACCUCAACUGGAAUGGGGAGAGCACUAAAGUUUUCGACUGCAGCGAGUACCGGCGUCGCCACAUGGCGCUAUACGGCAGCCAUGACAUCUUCCGCGCAGACAACUUGCACGGCUCCGCGAUCCGCAGUCAGAGCGCUCGUGAGGCCGUGCAGGACGCCGUGCUGUGGCUGAAGGAUGGAAACAGUGUUGCUAUAUUUGAUGGCACAAACGUGACAAGGGAGCAGCGUCGGGAACUGAACGAAUGUAUCACCGACAUGGGCUUCAGGAUACUGUUCAUCGAAUGCGUCUGUGAAGACCAAGAAUUGCUGGAGCGGAACAUCAUAGAGAUCCUGCAUUAUUCCGCAGACUACAAGACCAUGACAGAGGAGGAAGCUAUAGACGAUUUGAGAAAGAAACUUGAGCAUUACAUGCGUCAGUAUGAGCCCAUAGAUGCAAGUUUGGAGGCGUUAAGUUUCGUACGCGUAGAGAAUAUGGGCGAUACAGUAACAGCGCACAAAGUAUCAGGUCAAAAGGAGUCAGGGAUACUCGGAUACUUGUCUGGCAUGAGGGCUUUACCGCAGACCUUAUAUUUUACACGGCACGGUGAGAGUGAAUACAACGUAGUCGGACGUAUAGGCGGUGAUGCAGUCCUGUCCCCAAGGGGCGAAAGCUACGCUCAUGGACUAGCUGUACAUUUGAACGAACUGGCUGCCCACGAGCCUCUUACUGUUUGGACCUCUGAACUGCGUCGCACCAAGCAAACUGCGGCUGAAAUAAUGGCACCCAAGCGAGCAGUCCGUGCACUGAAUGAACUAGAUGCCGGCAUUUGCGAAGGUCUGACCUACGAAGAGAUGCAAGAGCGUUUUCCACAAGAGUUCGCCUGGCGUGAUCAGGACAAGUUGCGUUAUCGGUACCCGUGGGGCGAGUCUUACAUAGACAUCAUGACCAGGCUUCGCCCAGUGCUUUCGGCUUUAGAGGACGAACAUAACGUUGUGGUCGUGGGCCACCAAGCAGUUCUUCGCUGCAUGUUGGGAUACUUCCUCGAUGCCGAGCUUGAUGAACUUCCAUACAUGAACGUGCCUUUACAUACAAUUGUGAAGCUGACGUCCUACGGUUACAAAUACAAGCUGGAAAUGAUCAAGCUGCCCAUUGAAUGCGUGGACACCCACCGCAAACAACCGAAGAACUGCUCAAUCAACCGCACUACAGCAGACGCGUUGGUAACGGUACCAUCGCACUACGACACGCUGCCUUCAAACAUGUGGCAAAAUUCUGAAGCACAACUUUAGGCAACGGGCCUUCGGACCACGGUCCGACACUACCAAAUCAGCAUUACCACUGGAAUUCCAGUGUGAAACGCGAAGGCCCAUCGAGGUUGUGAAAGACCACGGAUGGAUGUAUAACAGGCGCCACAAUAGCGAUCCGCGAAAACAUUCGCUGUCUCGCUCCUACAAUGUGUGCUAGAGAGUGACGGAUACAGAACUUUUUUGCGUCUCGUGUCUUCAUUGUAUGCGUGAGAGUGACAGGUGUAUUGCUGUUACUCCAAACAUUUUAAGACUGAAGGAUAAAUCUGGCACGUCAAUAAAUCUUUUUCUUUUUUUUUAUUACUACACGUCAUAAUUUGUAGACUGUAUCUUUUAAAUUAAGUUACAUUUGUAUGUUAGUAAGAGUAAAAUUAUUAUGAUUUAUAAUGUAAUUUCGAAAAUGUUAUAUUACCAUAUCAUAUAAUAUUAUGAAUAGUGUAUUUUUGUCGUAAUCAUUUAUACUCGUACGAUCGUCGUAAAAUGUUUAUCGUUUCAUUUAAAUUUUUUAUAUUGGAAUUUAUUUGUAGUUCACAAAAGUUAGUUUCCAUAUUAUUUGUACUUUAUAAAAGGUAGUUAGGUACGUACAUUAUAAUCUAUCUUUAAAAAAAGUAAGUUAAAUCUUUCAUAAGAUAUGAAUUAUCAUUAUUACUUUUACAUCCACAUUUAAUCGUGUUUUUAUUGAAUAGUUAAUCAUUGUCAUCAAUAACGUACGUAAAAAUUGAUUUUUAUUUUUAAAGUUUUUAGCGUUGUAUCAUGACAGAUUACUGCCAUUUGGUUUAAUUUACAUAUUUUAAUCUUUGAAUGUUUGUCUUAUGAUAUUUAGACUAUGAGUAGGUACGUAAGAUUCUUUCAUAUUUUUAAUUUUCAUUUAUGUUUCACGUAUCUUAUUUUAAUAAGUCUCAUUUAAGUCAGAAUAUUUGGAGCAAUUUGAAUAAAGAAAAAUUAGGCAAAUAAGCAUAUCCGUAUUUUAAUCCGUGAGUUUGCUAUGGGAUGCGAUGGGUUUAAAAGGGACUUGGGAGCUAUAUUGCAGAGACUAUAGGCUCAGCCACUUAUUAAAACAUAGUCAAUUUAAACAAUAGUCAAAUUAUUAUGAAUAGAUUUUGUUCUAUGCAAGCAACAAGCAAAUAAAAAUCAAUAAUCUACAUCCAAUAAGAAUAAUAAAAAUCGUUAUGUCAAUUUCCAUUUAAACAAAGUAAUUAUUGUAAAGUUAAAUAUCUAAAAAAAAAAUGAGAACACAAAUUUUGUUGAAUUUUAUGUCUACUCUGAAAAUAGUUAGAAGUAGAAGCAAUGUACUAGAACUAUACUAGCACAAAAAUUAAAUUAAGUAGCUCUAGUGAAUUUCCAAAAUUGUGUCUGGAAAGUGGAAAGAGUAGAAAUGAGUAACUCGAAAAAUCAGGGUCGCACGUGGUCGACUUAUUUUUUAUUAAAUUUACCACGUGCAUUGAUGUAAAAUUAGUAAAAAUCAUUAAAAAAAAUACAUUAAUAUACAUCUUUUGCAGUUGAAAAUAGAACUCAGUUUAAAAAUGUAAUACAUAAGUACGUAAUUAUACACUUUUUCAAUAUAAAAGUGACAAUAGAAUGAUACGUGAUAUUUUUAAUGUGAAAGACGAUGGAGUGUCUUUAUAAAUUUAAGUUUACUCCUAAGAAUUAAAAUGCCAAGCCGUAAGAAUAGAAAUUUUCUAACAAUAAGUUUACUGAUCUU